AUGAAUAAUUCUCAUAUUGAUCCUCCACGCGGGGUAUUUACACUACCCAUUACUUGCGAUUUAAAUAAUCCCUUCUGGGAUGUUAUCAAAUCUUCUAAAUAUUUUAUACUUCAAAGAACAAGGUCACCGAGCAGUGCAAUCCUUCGAGGUGUUAUCGGUACAAUACAGAAUGUUCUUGAUACGAAAGCUCCUCCUUUUCGAAUACUUUUUCGAUCGGAGGUAAACGCCCCUUCUUUACAAAUCGCUGUUUCUCAAUCUCAAAAAGGGAUCGAAGAUGCUUGGAAAUGGAUCGAAUACGGUCUAAAUGAUGGUUUGUCAAGACUUGACACUGCUGCUGAAAAAGAAAAUUAUGUUGUGACGAAAAUAAAUUCUUUGGUCACACGACAAGAUAAGGGAACUGAUGAAGUUUCUGAAGAUCAAAAUAUUCGAAAUGCAUCAAGAACUUUUCGUCAAAAUUUUGAUAUAGCUCCUACUGAAAGGCUAGUUAGUUGGUGGAUGUAUAUAAGUGAAAACUAUUUGGGUUUUCAUUCUUUGAUACUUGGCAUGGAAACAAAAUUGCUCAUAGAAUUAAAAAAUAUUGAAAAUUUGGUUAAAGAAAAAUCUAAGCGUGGAAUGGUUUCUGACUCGAUUAAAGUGAUUACGAAGGAUGGUAAUGAGUAUUUUUUCUCAAAUCUUUUUCAUCGAGAUGAAACCUACGGUUUGUUGGUUCAAUUGGCAGGUCUGUCAAUGCAACGAUUAUUAAAAAAUACUGCCGUAGAAUUGUCUCCAGCAACUUCCAUAUAUGAUGUUGAUAAUGUUACCGACAAUCAAAAAUUGGAUACUCCUUCAUUAUCUGACCCUCCUUUGUCACCAAUGGUUCCAUCUCUAAAAAAAGGCCUUGAAGAGCAAAAGCGUGAUAGAGAAUUUCGAAUUUUAUACAAUUUACCUUCAACUGAGCAUUUAAUGCAAGAAUGUGCUUGUGAUUUUUCUAUUUCUGAAAUGAAAGAAUCUUGGUCCGGUAAACUUCAGCUUUCUGAAGCUUAUUUAACUUUUGAAUCUACUGAUGGAAAAGGUUGCUACUUAAUAAUACCAUUAUAUACUGUACGAAGAGUUGAACGUGUUAAUAACAAGACUCACAAUCUUGUUUUAUCCGUAUUAAAUUGGCAUCAAAUGAAAACUAUAUUUCAUUUCAAUGCCACAAAAUCUAUUUGUGAAAAGUUUUGUAAUACUCUUAAAUCGAAUCUUAAAAAUCAACUCCGUCAUAUGAAGUCUUUACGACCUUUUUUGACUACUUGUUUUUCUGAAGCUUUAUUAAUUGAUCCCAAAAAAGAGCUUACUACUGGAGGUUUAGGCUUUACAUUUGGAUUUCCUGAUAACGGUCGGAAUUUGACACUUAUUAGAUCCCCAUACUUUCAUAAACUUGUUCGAAUUGGAUUACCAAAUAAAUUACGGGGUGAAAUAUGGGAGUUAUGUUCUGGUGCAAUAUACCUAAGAUUCGUAAAUAAUGGGUUGUAUGAUAGAUUGCAUAAAGAAAAUGCCGGCAAGGUGACUCUUUCCACUGAAGAAAUUGAAAAAGAUUUAAAUAGAUCUCUUCCCGAAUAUCUAGCAUAUCAAUCACCAGAAGGCAUUAAUAGAUUGAGACGUGUACUGACUGCUUAUUCUUGGAAAGAUCCUGAAUUAGGUUAUUGCCAGGCAAUGAAUAUUGUCGCAUCUGCUAUAUUAAUUUAUAUGAAUGAAGAACAAGCGUUUUGGAUUCUGAGCAUAUUAUGUGAUAGAAUGUUACCCGGUUAUUACAGUACUUCAAUGUAUGGUGCAAUACUUGAUCAAAUUAUAUUUGAACACUAUGUUCAAAGUAAAAUGUCAAUACUUUAUGACCAUUUCCAAAAAGUUGAUAUUCAACUAUCAGUUGCUUGCCUACCUUGGUUUCUCAGUCUUUACAUUAAUUCUAUGCCUCUUGUUUUUGCUUUCCGAGUUCUUGAUUGUUUCUUUAUGGAAGGUCCAAAGGUUUUAUUUCAAAUAGGGUAA